AUGGCGGACGCGGGGGACGCGAAGACUACUGCAAUGGAGGCCGAGAAGAAGAAAGACCAGAGCCUGCCCUUCUACCAGCUCUUCUCCUUCGCCGACCGCCUCGAUUGGUUGCUCAUGGCUGGGGGAAGCCUCGGUGCCGUCAUUCAUGGGUCCGCCAUGCCUGUUUUCUUCCUCCUCUUUGGCAACCUCGUCAAUGGCUUCGGUAAGAAUCAGCACGACCUCAGCAAGAUGAUCGAGGAGGUAUCCAAGGUACACUCGCUGCAGCCACUGGCUUCUCGCCAUAGCCGGCACGACAUCUUCUUCUCUUGCCGGAAAUGCCUGCAUCAUUCGUUGCAAUGCUCUCAGUUCUCUUCUUCUAUCCUGCAGUACGCACUCUACUUCGUCUACCUGGGGCUCAUAGUAUGCAUAUCUUCCUACGCCGGUGAGUACUGCUCGCGCUGAUUUGCCUACUCUAUCCGUCACCUGAUUUGCGUCUUUCGAUUUGCUCUUUUUGCUCUAAAUAUUGAGAUCUCACGGAGAGCUACCCAGUGACGAGAUGUGACUGUGCCAACUUCGCCGCGGUGGGACGGGAGGGGGCGGGGGGGCGACGACGUAAGGACGUUGACUAGUCUGUCCUCUCCGUUUAUCUUGGUUCCCAUCCCCGUUUCUCCCUCCGCCGCCCGCACACACACACCCUCUCUCUCUCUCUCCAACCCUAUCCCGAGCCCCACGCAGCCUAUCUUUUUCUUACAUUGUCGCUAUAGCAAAGACCUCGUGGAACUAAAAGCAAUUAAAUGGGCCGGGGCGAAGCGUCUGGUGCUCUGAGAUCCGGGAUUCAGCCGUGCUUUUUUUUUUCUUCUUCCUCAUUCUCCCCACUAUAUUUCCGAGUCCCCAUACCGUCUACGUCUACAGCUUCGUCCCCAAGCGAAUGGGCUCUUGCCGGAUGUAGAGGAUGAUGUGCCCAAGAUCUGUCGGUGUUCGGCAACGGUAGUGAAAGGUGACGUGACAUUCUGAUGGUCCCCUUGGCUUCUUGCAGAGAUAUCAUGUUGGAUGUACACCGGAGAGAGGCAGGUGAUUGCUCUGCGAAAGCGGUUCUUGGAGGCCGUCCUACGGCAGGAUGUUGGGUUCUUCGACACAGACGCUCGCACCGGGGACAUUGUGUUCAGCGUCUCCACAGACACUCUUCUUGUCCAGGAUGCCAUCAGCGAGAAGGUAAACUGGAAGCCGCAUCCCCUCCUUGUGUACAAUUUGGUGACGCAGUCGUCAUGACGCUCCAGCUACCCUCAGGUCGGCAACUUCAUCCACUAUCUCUCGACAUUCUUGGCUGGGCUGGUGGUGGGAUUUGUUUCCGCGUGGCGUCUGGCCUUGCUUAGCGUGGCGGUGAUCCCCGGUAUAGCCUUCGCGGGAGGUCUAUACGCCUACACUCUCACCAGCCUCACCUCCAAGAGUCGCGAUUCCUACGCCAAUGCCGGCAUUAUCGCCGAACAGGUGAGGUCACUUGGUUCUGAACUUCGGCAGUUAUUUUGUCAAAGAAAUACAAUUUCUCUCUUGGCGGCGAAAGCUAAAAGUAGAAAAAGGAUCACCUUUAAGCUUCCUCAAUGAACUGAUAGAGUCUGGGCAGUGCCCAUACUCAUAGGUUGCGGUAACCAUGGUCACCUCGGAAACGGUCGUCACUGAUCCUCACCUCCCGAAGUAAAUUAUCAUGGCCGUACACACUGUUCCAUGUGAGAAAAAAUGGAAGCCGGUCGACGGCUGACGUUGGAUGCGGAGGUUCUGUGAAGAUAUCAUGGUUCAUCUGUGAACCAAAGAUUUACAGGACGACGCCUUUAAUGGGACCUCCCUCGUGCUUACGUCUGACAUUUUGUUGUGGUGUUUCCUGGAUUUAUACUCUCAACUGUUACUGCAUUUGUUUCUUUCCCGCUGUCUUAGUCAUCUGGAGCAACUCGCAGAUGUGGAUUAAACUAUUCGUUGUUGACUCCUUUAACCCGUCCACAUCCAUACUGCUCUCCUUGUCCUUUAAACCAUAUUAAUCCGGGAUGUGAAUGUUCCUCGAAUACAUUGUUUAUUAGAAGAUUUACCAUGCCCUUCCAAGCGAUUAUUGUUUCGACAUUCUAAUUUUCUCAGUGGCACUUAUUGGGAAUAAUAACCAUAGACUUUUUUAGGGUUAUUUUUUACGUCCUGAUUCUUCACUCUUCCCCUUGUCGGAAAGUGGCAGAAAAUAGAGGAUUCUUUUCACUCAAAUUUUGGCUAGGGUUUGUCAGCACAAGUUGAAACUAUGCUUACAUUAACUGUAGUAAAGAUGAAUAAAUGAGGAGAUGUAGUAAAAGCCUUGCAUGGCCUCGGAUAAAACAUAUGCAACCACGUUUGUACUGAAAUCACUCUGUGAAACAGACCGGUUGAAAAUACCUUUAAAUAUUACUUGUUAAUAUUCCAUCAUCUAAAUUUGGUUCCAGAGUGAAAUUGGAACAUAACUGUAGUAGGUACUAAUUAUCUAGCAAUUCGUGGAUACUCUGGCCACUUAUGGAAUCAGCAAGCAAUACUUCCUUUUUCAAAUGAGAGGAGCGCUGAAUAGUAACAAUUAAAGUGUUUUCUUGGUUUGGAAUGCAAAGUUUCUUGGGCUUUAUACUUUUAUGUCUUCCGAUGAACUUCCAAUGAACUUCCAAUGAGUUUGAUGAUGGUAUAAUUAAUUGAUGUAAGCUUAUCUGACUUGCAUUGGCAGAUAGUUUUAACCCUUAGUUGAGCUCAUCUACACAUUGAGUCUGUUUAAAUGAAACAAACGCGUGCAGAUUCUAGUCUUUGGAUCGGAAUCGUAGAUGUUUUGGAAGAUUUGUCGUUUAUGACCUUUAUGCCUUUUGAUCUUUCUCUCGCCUUUCGUUGUGAUUGGCUAACUGAAAAGUUACUUCAUGCUUUAUAAUAGGCAAUUGCACAAGUUCGAACAGUGUACUCUUUUGUUGGGGAGUCCAAGUCCUUGGCUUCCUAUUCGGAAGCAAUACAAAACACAUUGAAGCUCGGAUACAAGGCAGGGAUGGCAAAAGGUCUGGGAAUCGGGUGCACAUAUGGCAUUGCUUGCAUGUCGUGGGCUCUGGUUUUCUGGUAUGCUGGUGUCUUCAUCCGUGAUGGGCAGACUGAUGGUGGAAAGGCUUUCACAGCCAUAUUCUCUGCUAUAGUUGGUGGCAUGUAAGUCCCUCAAUCUGCACUGAGCUCACCUAAAUCAUAUGUCAGUAAACCAUCUAUCUGAUCUUCCCAUAAAUGUUCUAUUUCUCCUCAUGUUCCUCUGCAGGAGUCUUGGUCAAUCUUUUUCAAACCUUGGUGCUUUUACCAAAGGAAAAGUAGCGGGGUACAAAUUGACUGAGAUAAUUCGGCAAAGACCUACAAUAAUUCAAGAUUCAUCUGAGGGGAAGUGCCUGGAUGAGGUCUUUGGGAAUAUUGAGUUCAAAGUAGUGACAUUUAGCUACCCUUCACGUCCAGAUGUUAUUAUUUUCCGUGGUCUCUCCCUUUUCUUCCCUGCUGGGAAGACUGUUGCAGUUGUUGGUGGUAGUGGAUCUGGAAAGAGCACCGUAGUCUCUCUGAUAGAAAGAUUUUAUGAUCCUAACCAGGGUACUUUCACCUCAAACUCAUAUUUGAAUAAAAUAGAUUAAAAUACUAGGCUUGGAAGAAGAUCAUUAUAUAAUACUUUGUUCCUUAUUGCAGGGCAAGUUCUUCUCGACAACGUGGAUAUAAAAACGCUUCAGCUCACAUGGCUUCGGGACCAAAUAGGCCUGGUGAACCAAGAACCAGCACUCUUUGCUACGACCAUACUUGAAAAUGUACUCUAUGGAAAGUCUGAUGCCACGAUUGCUGAAGUUGAAGCUGCUGCGUCUGCGGCAAAUGCUCAUAGCUUUAUCUCCCUUCUUCCCAACGGUUACAACACGCAGGUUUGUAUGUCUGGAUUUCGUGUCUACUGGGUUUUCUGAUCGGACGUGUGAGCUUUCUGGGCUCUUUCUCAUUUCAACUAUGUGCUUCAAUUCUGUUUUCUGACAUUCAAUGACAACCCAGGUAGGAGAGCGAGGAGUUCAACUGUCUGGGGGCCAGAAGCAGCGGAUAGCAAUAGCAAGAGCCAUGCUCAAGAAUCCCAAGAUUCUCCUUUUGGAUGAAGCUACUAGUGCCCUUGAUGCUGGCUCCGAGAGGAUUGUCGAAGAAGCGCUUGAACGCAUCAUGGUAGGGAGAACGACCGUGGUCGUUGCACACCGCCUCUCCACCAUAAGGAAUGUGGACAUGAUCGCCGUGAUCCAGCAAGGUCAGGUUGUUGAGACUGGAACCCACGACGAACUAAUCGCCAAAGGAAAUUCCGGGGCAUACUCCUCCCUUAUCCGUUACCAGGAGAUGGCGAGGAACAGAGACUUCUCUUCCCGCAGGUCUCGUUCUUCUCGGCUGAGCCACUCACUUUCCACCAAAUCCCUCAGCCUCAGGUCAGGAAGCUUGAGGAACUUGAGCUACCAGUAUAGUACAGGGGCAGACGGGCGCAUAGAGAUGGUUUCCAACGCAGACAAUGACAGAAAGUAUCCGGCUCCUGAUAAUUACUUCUCUAGGCUUCUCAAGUUGAACGCUCCUGAAUGGCCUUAUGCUAUCUUAGGCUCUCUAGGGUCUGUCCUGUCUGGGUUCAUCGGCCCCAUAUUUGCUAUAGUGAUGAGUAAUAUGAUCGAGGUGUUCUACUAUCGGAAUCCAGAUGCUAUGGAGAGGAAGACGAAGGAAUUCGUGUUCAUAUACAUCGGAACAGGGCUUUAUGCCGUCAUGGCCUACCUGGUGCAGCACUAUUUCUUCAGUAUCAUGGGGGAGAACCUCACGACCAGGGUGAGAAGAAUGAUGCUAGCAGGUAACUAAUUUCCCCGUUCAUCUUCGUUUGGAAGAAAAAGGUUUCUCUUUUUCAUGGUGGGUUGUUGUUAUUCAUGGAGGAAACCCCCCUUGCUCGUUCAGCUAUCCUCAGGAACGAAGUCGGCUGGUUCGAUGAGGAAGAGCACAACUCGACUCUCGUCGCGGCCCGUCUGGCCACCGACGCCACCGACGUGAAGUCCGCCAUCGCCGACAGGAUCUCAGUGAUUCUGCAGAACAUGACCUCGCUCCUGAUAUCUUUCAUCGUCGGCUUCGUUAUAGAAUGGCGCAUUUCAUUGCUCAUUCUCGCCACAUUCCCACUGCUCGUCCUCGCCAACUUCGCCCAGGUAACCUUCGUUUUUGCCUGCUACCCUUUUAUCCUAUGCUGUGAGCCGAAGACCCCCGCAUCUUCUCCUUCUUCUUCUUCAAUGUGUGGUGUCGCUGGUAUGCGUGGUUGCAGCAAUUGUCGUUGAAGGGAUUCGCCGGGGACACCGCCAAGGCGCACGCGAAGACGAGCAUGAUCGCCGGCGAGGGCGUGAGCAACAUCCGCACGGUGGCCGCCUUCAACGCGCAGGAGAAGAUCGUCUCCCUUUUCCGGCAGGAGCUCCGCACACCGCAGCGCCGCAGCCUGCGGCGCAGCCAGACCUCGGGCUCCCUCUUCGGCGUCUCCCAGCUCCUCCUCUACGCCUCGGAGGCCCUCAUCCUCUGGUACGGCGCUCACCUGGUCCGCUCCGGCGCCUCCACCUUCUCCCAGGUCAUCAAGGUCUUCGUCGUCCUCGUCAUCACUGCCAACUCCGUCGCCGAGACCGUCAGCCUCGCCCCGGAGAUCGUCCGCGGCGGCGAGUCCAUCCGCUCCGUCUUCUCCAUCCUCGACCGCGCCACCCGCAUCGACCCCGACGACCCCGAGUCCGAGCCCGUCGACUCCCUCCGCGGGGAAGUCGAGCUCCGGCACGUCGACUUCGCCUACCCGUCCCGCCCGGACCUCCCCGUCUUCAAGGACCUGAACCUGCGGAUCCGUGCCGGCCAGAGCCAGGCCCUCGUGGGCGCCAGCGGGUCCGGCAAGAGCUCCGUCAUCGCCCUCAUCGAGAGGUUCUACGACCCCACAGCCGGCAAGGUCAUGAUCGACGGGAAGGACAUACGGCGGCUCAACCUCAAGUCCCUGCGCCUGAAGAUCGGGCUUGUGCAGCAGGAGCCGGCGCUCUUCGCGGGCAGCAUCUUCGACAACAUCGUCUACGGCAAGGACGGCGCCGACGAGGACGAGGUGGUGGCGGCGGCGCGCGCCGCCAACGUGCACGACUUCAUCAGUUCCCUCCCCGACGGGUACAAGACGGCGGUGGGGGAGAGGGGCGUGCAGCUGUCGGGGGGUCAGAAACAGAGGAUCGCCAUCGCGCGGGCGGUGCUCAAGGACCCGGCCAUUUUGCUCCUCGACGAGGCCACCAGCGCGCUGGACGCCGAGUCGGAGUGCGUCCUCCAGGAGGCCCUGGAGCGGCUGAUGCGCGGCAGAACCACCGUCCUUGUGGCGCACCGCCUCUCCACCAUCAGGGGCGUCGACUCCAUCGCCGUCGUCCAGGACGGCCGCAUCGUCGAAUACGGCCCCCACGCGGAUCUGCUCUCCCGCCCCGACGGUGCCUACUCCCGCCUCCUUCAGCUCCAGCACCACACUCACCACCCUUGA